CAGGAAAAAAGAAUGAUAUGCUGGUAUAUUGCAGGCAUCAAGAGCAACAUGGGUGGUUCAAUCUCUUCUCACAAGAUGGAGACCUCUUUGCUACAAGAAACAGUUUCAGGAGGAGAAGAUGAAAUCCAGCAGCUGCAAAAAGCAUUGCUAGAUUAUUUGGAUGAAAACACAGAGACUGAUGCCUCAUUACUGUUUUCUCGGAAAUUUUAUAUAGCUCAGUGGUUCCGUGACACAACUAUGGAGACAGAGAAAGCAAUGAAAUCUCAGAAGGAUGAGGAUUCAUCUGAAGGAACUCACCAUGCAAAAGAAAUUGAGACAACAGGACAAAUCAUGCACAUAGCAGAAGGUCGUAAAAAAUUUCUUCGCAGUAUCAUUAAAACUGCACCCUCUCAGUUCAGUACAUUGAAGAUGAAUUCUGAUACAGUGGACUAUGAAGAUGCUUGCUUGAUUGUUCGCUACUUGGCCUCUAUGAGGCCGUUUGCCCAGAGCUUCGAUAUUUAUUUGACACAGAUUCUACGUGUGCUUGGUGAAAAUGCGAUUGCAGUUCGAACAAAAGCCAUGAAGUGUUUGUCUGAGGUUGUUGCUGUAGACCCCAGCAUUCUAGCCAGGUUGGAUAUGCAACGAGGUGUUCACGGACGGUUAAUGGAUAACUCCACUAGUGUACGAGAAGCAGCUGUGGAGUUGCUUGGUCGGUUUGUGCUCUGUCGACCUCAGCUUGCUGAGCAGUAUUAUGACAUGCUCAUUGAGCGAAUACUGGAUACUGGUAUCAGUGUCAGAAAGAGAGUUAUAAAGAUUCUUAGGGAUAUCUGCAUUGAACAGCCAACAUUUCCCAAAAUUACAGAGAUGUGCGUGAAAAUGAUUCGCAGAGUUAAUGAUGAAGAGGGCAUUAAGAAACUGGUGAAUGAGACAUUCCAGAAACUCUGGUUUACUCCAACUCCCCACAAUGACAAAGAAGCAAUGACAAGGAAAAUACUAAACAUCACUGAUGUGGUUGCAGCUUGUAGAGAUACAGGAUAUGAUUGGUUUGAACAACUUCUUCAAAAUCUUUUGAAAUCAGAAGAAGAUGCCUCAUAUAAACCUGUGAAGAAAGCCUGUACUCAGCUUGUUGAUAAUCUGGUUGAGCACAUUCUUAAAUAUGAGGAAUCUCUAGCAGACUCUGACAACAAGGGUGUGAAUUCUGGUCGCUUGGUAGCUUGCAUAACCACUUUGUUCUUAUUCAGCAAAAUCAGGCCCCAGCUAAUGGUCAAACAUGCCAUGACCAUGCAGCCAUACCUUACCACUAAAUGUAGUACCCAAAAUGAUUUCAUGGUGAUCUGCAAUGUUGCAAAAAUCUUAGAGCUGGUGGUGCCAUUGAUGGAGCAUCCAAGUGAGACCUUCCUUGCCACUAUUGAGGAAGAUCUCAUGAAACUUAUAAUCAAAUAUGGCAUGACGGUAGUGCAGCACUGUGUGAGCUGUCUUGGGGCUGUUGUAAACAAGGUUACUCAAAAUUAUAAAUUUGUAUGGGCCUGUUUUAAUAGAUACUAUGGUGCACUUUCAAAAUUAAAAAGUCAACACCAAGAAGACCCAAACAGUACUAUACUUACAGCCAAUAAACCAGCACUCCUUAGAUCUCUUUUCACUGUUGGAGCACUGUGUCGCCAUUUUGAUUUUGAUCAGGAAGAUUUUAAAGGCAACAGUAAGGUUAACAUUAAGGAUAAAGUCCUUGAACUGCUGAUGUAUUUUACAAAACAUUCAGAUGAAGAGGUACAAACAAAAGCUAUAAUUGGUUUAGGAUUUGCAUUUAUUCAACACCCAAGUCUAAUGUUUGAGCAGGAGGUGAAGACUCUGUACAACAGCAUUCUCUCUGAUAAGAACAGCUCAGUAAACUUAAAAAUCCAGGUGUUAAAAAAUCUCCAAACCUAUCUACAGGAGGAGGAUACGCGUAUGCAGCAGGCAGAUAGAGAGUGGAAGAAAGUAGCAAAACAGGAGGAUCUGAAAGAAAUGGGUGAUAUUUCCUCAGGGAUGAGCAGCUCCAUCAUGCAACUUUAUCUCAAACAGGUUCUUGAGGCUUUCUUUCAUGCACAAUCCAGUGUACGCCACUUUGCUCUAAAUGUCAUUGCACUGACAUUAAACCAGGGUCUUAUCCAUCCAGUUCAGUGUGUGCCAUAUUUAAUUGCUAUGGGCACAGAUCCAGAGCCCUCUAUGCGGAACAAAGCUGACCAGCAACUGGUGGAAAUAGACAAAAAAUAUGCUGGAUUCAUUCAUAUGAAAGCAGUGGCUGGUAUGAAGAUGUCUUACCAGGUACAACAGGCAAUCAACACAUGCCCAAAGAAUCCUGUAAGGGGCUUUAGGCAUGAUGAAUCCUCCAGCGCUUUGUGUUCACAUCUAUACUCCAUGAUCAGAGGGAACCGUCAACACAGACGAGCCUUUCUAAUUUCUUUACUCAACCUCUUUGAUGACACAGCAAAAACAGAGGUGAAUAUGCUCUUGUAUAUAGCAGACAAUCUAGCGUGUUUUCCUUAUCAAACACAGGAAGAGCCACUGUUUAUAAUGCAUCAUAUAGACAUUACAUUGUCAGUUUCUGGUAGUAACCUGUUACAGUCAUUUAAGGAGUCUAUGGUAAAGGACAAAAGAAGAGAGAGGAAACCUUCAUCUGAUGAGGAGAGUGAAAGUGACAGUAACAGUGAGAGUGAGAGUGAAAGUGAAAGUGAAGAAGAAGUUAUCAAGCCUCGGAAGUUACCUAAACGUGUAGACUCUGAUUCAGAUUCUGGUGAAGAAAAUGAUAUAAAUGCCGUGAUGAAAUGUUUGCCAGACAAUUCAGCUCCUUUAAUUGAAUUUGCAAAUGUCUCCCAAGGCAUAUUGUUGCUUUUGAUGCUAAAACAGCAUUUAAAGAAUCUUUGUGGAUUCUCUGAUAGUAAAAUUCAGAAAUAUUCUCCAUCCGAAUCUGCAAAAGUUUAUGAUAAAGCGAUAAAUAGGAAGACAGGAGUGCAUUUCCAUCCGAAACAGACGCUAGAUUUUCUACGAAGUGAUAUGGCUAAUUCCAAGAUCACUGAAGAUGUGAAGAGGAAUAUAGUAAAACAAUACUUGGAUUUCAAGCUCCUUAUGGAACACUUGGAUCCUGAUGAAGAGGAAGAAGAUGGGGAGGUUUCAGCUAGCACUAAUGCUCGAAACAAAGCAAUUACCUCGCUGCUUGGAGGAGGCAGCCCUAAAAACAAUGCAGCUGAGACAGAGGACGAUGAAAGUGAUGGGGAGGAUAGAGGAGGAGGCACUUCAGGGGUGAGGCGGAGGAGGAGUCAACGUAUUUCGCAGCGUAUUACGUAA